UCUAUUCGAUAAGGUAAAGUGUAUAUCGAAAAGAAAAUAAUAAAAAAGAGAAAAAUAAUGGAGGGUCUUAAGGAGUGUUCAUUAACAACAACCAAGGAUGUUUCUCUUCAAGAGCUCAAACUAAGGUUACGAGACUUUGCUAGAGUCAGAGGUUGGGAACAAUUCCAUAGUCCAAGGAAUCUACUAUUAGCUCUUGUGGGAGAAGUGGGAGAGCUAUCUGAAAUAUUUCAAUGGAAGGGAGAAGUAGCAAGAGGAUUGCCUAAUUGGAGUGAAGAUGAUAAGGAGCAUUUGGAAGAUGAAGUUUCUGAUGUUUUGCUAUAUCUAAUCCAACUUGCUGAUGUUUGUGGCCUUGAUUUAGGAAAAGCAGCUUUAACCAAGAUUAACAAAAAUGGGCAAAAAUACCCGAUUACCCAUCAAAACAUAUAAUUCUGGCCAAAAGUACCCAAUUACCCAUCAAACCCGGGCUACAAACUUUUGAGGUCCUUAAUAUGUUUGCGGCCCAACCCAAUUUUCACUUUGUUUAUCCUAAUUUUGUUUCAAUCAAAUAAACCUUUUUGUUUUUCUUUAUUGUGUAUUUUUUUUUGGUGAUAAUUUUUCUUCAUUGUGUUGUGUUGUUAAUCGAUACUUCGUAUUAUUUUUCUGGUC